CUCGGGCCGGCACCACGCUAUCGCCUCCCGCGGUCUGAGCUUUUAACAUCUGACAAAACAGAAAAAUGGCAUCAGAAGAUAUCACUAAGCUUGCAGAGUCACUUGCCAAAACCAAAGUGGGUGAUGGACAGUUGAGCUUCAAGGGCAAGAGCCUUAAACUCAAUACAGCUGAAGAUGCUGAAGAAGUCAUCAAGCAAAUUGAGGAAUUUGAUGGCCUGGAAACAUUGUGCCUGGAAGGCAACACAGUGGGUGUGGAGGCAGCAAAGGUCAUUGCCAAAGCGUUGGAGAAGAAGUCAGAGCUCAAGAGGUGUCACUGGAGUGACAUGUUUACAGGGAGACUAAGGUCUGAGAUCCCUCCUGCUUUGAUCUCUUUGGGGGAAGCACUCAUCACUGCUGGAGCCCAGCUGAUGGAACUGGACUUGAGUGACAAUGCCUUUGGGCCAGACGGUGUGCGUGGCUUUGAGGCGCUGCUGAAGAGCUCUGCGUGCUACACCCUGCAGGAACUCAAGCUCAAUAACUGUGGCUUGGGCAUUGGUGGUGGCAAGAUACUGGCAGCUGCUCUGAAAGAGUGUCACAGGAAGUCAAGUGCCCAGGGCAAGCCUCUUGCUUUGAAAGUGUUUGUGGCUGGCAGAAACCGUCUGGAGAAUGAUGGUGCCACAGCUCUGGCUGAAGCUUUUGGGAUCAUUGGGACUCUGGAAGAGGUCCAUAUGCCACAGAAUGGGAUUAACCAUCCUGGCAUCACAGCACUGGCUCAGGCUUUUGCUAUCAACCCACUGCUGAAGGUUAUAAACUUGAAUGACAACACCUUCACGGAGAAAGGAGCUGUGGCCAUGGCAGAGACUCUGAAGACGCUCCGGCAGGUUGAAGUGAUCAACUUUGGAGACUGCCUGGUGCGUUCAAAGGGUGCUGUUGCUAUUGCUGAUGCUGUUAAAGAAGGGCUUCAUAAACUCAAGGAACUGAAUUUGGCCUUUGGUGAGAUCCAACGAGAUGCAGCUCUGACUGUCGCUGAAGCUCUUGAAGAUAAGAGAGAGUUGGAGAAGCUGGAUCUCAAUGGAAACACUCUGGGUUCUGAGGGCUGUGAGCAACUCCGGGAGAUCCUUGAGAGCUUCAACAUGGCAGCUGUGCUGGGACCUUUGAGUGAUGAUGAAGGGGAGGAGAAUGAAGAGGAGGGAGAGGAGAAUGAAGAUGAGGAAGAGGAAGAGGAGGAAGAGGAAGAGGAGGAGGAAGAACAGCAGCAACAGCUGCAUGAGAGAGGACAGGGAGAACAGGAGUUACUGACUCGUGCAAACAUAAUUGAUUCACAGAGUUCAACUCCAGUGCCAUCUCCUCCUGUGGAUGUUGCCACAUUCCUUGCUUUCCCGUCCCCGGAGAAGCUGCUGCGACUAGGGCCGCGGUGCUCUGUGCUGAUCGCCCAGGAGACAGAUACAUCUGAUGUAGAGAAAGUAGUUACAACUCUCCUAAGGAUAUCAUCUGUCUUCAAAGAUGAAGCCCCAGUGAAAACAGCAGUGCAUGAAACAGCAGAUGCUUUGAUGAGAAAAGCCUUUGGUUCUGCUACAUUUAAUUCAGAUGCAUUUGUCACAGGCCUCUUGAUCCACAUGGGACUACUUAAGAGUGAAGAUAAGAUCAAAGCUGUCCCAAGUCUCUAUGGUAUCCUUAUGACAUUGAACCAUAUGGUCCAGCAGGAUUAUUUCCCUAAAGCCCUGGCCCCAGUUCUCUCAGCUUUUGUCACAAAGCCAAACCGCGCAUUUGAGUCCUGUUCCUUCGCUCGCCACAUGCUCUUACAAACCCUCCACCAGCUGUAAGAGAUGAGAUGUGCUCCUCUGCCCUUCCCUCCUCACAGGACUGCUGUCAGCAGACAACUCAGAGAUGCCUGGUGGGAGAGGAUUCCAAAGCCCAGGAAGACAUGCUGUCUUGUCCUUUGUUUGUCUGUCUGUUUGUUUUCUCCCUUCUCCCUGUAGAAGGUCUGUCAUUCUGCUUUUUAUAAACCUGAACAAAUCCUGCUGAAUUGUUAUUUUUUUACUCAAAGUGACUUCCUUGUCUACAGGGUAGGUUGAUGAUGCUAGGAAAGUCAGUGCUGCUCUGAGCUCUGCAUGAAUUGAAGACUUCUCCACUUUGUUUGCAUUGGUAAGGGUGUGCCAAAAGAAACAUGGGGCCCAGAGUGCUCCCAUCACGAUCAUCCUCGUUGUGCAUUGUAUUUGAUUAGACUGACUCCUGCCUGCUAGCUUUCAGUACUGUGCAGGAGAGAGGCUCUGCUGCUGCCUCUGCUUCUCCAGGCCAGGGGAGUACUUGAC